AUGUCCGCUUUUAUCCGCACUAUCCCCUCUGUUAGGGCUUCGAUCUUGCGUUCUGCAAGAUUGCAAUUGAGAACUUAUGCUUCUUAUCCACCUCACACUGUCAUCGGCAUGCCUGCUUUGUCUCCAACCAUGACUCAAGGUAGUUUGGCUGUUUGGUCCAAGCAGGUUGGUGACCAAUUGGAGCCUGGCUGCGUCUUGGCUGAGAUCGAGACCGACAAAGCACAAAUGGAAUUUGAAUUCCAAGAUGACGGUUACUUGGCAAAGCUUCUGGUCUCUGAAGGUACCAAGGACUUGCCUGUUGGUAAGCCCAUUGCUGUUUAUGUCGAGGACGAAGGCGAUGUCGCUGCUUUCAAGGACUUUGAGGUCGAGGACUCUGGCGCCAGCCAGAGUGCUGCAGCCCCAGAAGCCAAGAAGGAGGAGCCAAAGAAGGAGGAAGCUUCUUCGGAGGCCGCAGCUCCAAAGAAAAAGGCCAGCAGCGCUGGCUCUUCUUCCGCCCCUACUGACAGGAUCAUCGCCUCUCCUCUUGCGAAGACCAUUGCUUUGGACAAAGGGAUUUCUUUGAAGGAGGUUACUGGCAGUGGUCCAAAUGGCAGAAUCACUAAAUCCGAUGUCGAAGCCUACCUCAAGAAGGCUCCUGCUGCCCCUGCCAAGGCUGCUUCUCCAGCUGCCACCGGCUCUGCCGCCGCCGCUGAAUACGAAGAUAUUCCUAUCACCAGCAUGAGAAAGAUCAUUGGCGACCGUUUGCUAGAGUCUACUUCUGGAACUCCUUCUUACAUCGUGUCGUCCCAGGUCUCGGUUUCCAAACUUUUGAAGUUGAGACAAUCCUUGAACGCCUCUGGCAAAGACCAAUACAAACUGUCGGUUAACGACAUGCUGAUUAAGGCCAUCACCGUGGCUGCGCAAAAGGUGCCAGAUGCCAACGCCUACUGGAUGCCUUCCGAAGGUGUCAUCAGAAAGUUCAAGAACGUUGACGUUUCUGUCGCUGUUGCCACUCCACAAGGUCUAUUAACUCCUAUUGUGAAAAACGCCAACCACAAGGGCUUGGUCUCCAUCUCCCAGGAGGUCAAGGAGCUUGGAAAGCGCGCUAAGAUCAACAAGUUGAAGCCAGAGGAGUUCCAGGGUGGUACCAUCUGCAUUUCCAACCUUGGUAUGAACAACGCCGUCUCCAUGUUCACUUCCAUUAUUAACCCUCCACAGUCCACCAUUCUCGCCAUCGCCACCGUCCAGAGGGUGGCUGUCGAAGAUGCUGGGGCUGAAUACGGUUUCUCUUUCGACGACAAGAUCAACAUCACCGGUACGUUCGACCACAGGACUAUCGACGGUGCCAAGGCCGGCGACUUCAUGAAAGAACUGAAGAAGAUCAUUGAAAAUCCUUUGGAAAUGCUAUUGUGA